CGGAAGGGACAGGUUGGGGUUGGCACAGGUGUGUACCUCGGCGGGAUUUGGCUAUUUCAAGGCAUCCAGGACAUACAAUAAAAUCUCACACAGUGCACAUGAAGAACUAGUAUAUAUUCAGAACACCGAUAGUGUCAACUUACAUGUGAUGGCGACAUCCCAGAAUGAGAAAGUGAUGGAAUUCCUCACCUGUGUGAUCUGCCAGGAACUGUACACAGACCCCUGUACACUGAGGUGUGAUCACACAUUCUGCAGGAAAUGUGUCACCAAGUACAUCCAAACCAGACCAGAUGCUGUACAGUCCAACACGAUCCCCUGUGCCUUCUGUCGACAAGAUACCAAGGUCCCCCACCCCAGCAGGCCAGUGGAGGAGUGGGCAGGGCAGAUCAAACCCAGCAUCAUUAUACAGGGGCUGAUUGACACUAUAGGGACUGAGGGUGAUGUACCAGAGACGUCAAGCAUCUGCUGCAUGAUCUGUCAGCAAAUAGGGGAGACAACUCCAGGUGCCUUGUGGUGUCCUGAGUGUGAAGUGGCCCUCUGUGACAGAUGUGUAAAGACACACCGGGUGAGUCCUACGUCACAGGACCAUGACCUGUGUGACCUGUCAUCUAGGUCAAAGGUCAAACGGAGGGUUAAGUGUACAGAACACAAGAGUAACAAUGUAGAGUUCCACUGUAAAGACUGUCAGAAGGCUGCUUGUCAGACAUGUUAUGUCACCUACCACAGAGCUUGUAAAACUGUCGUCACCAUUGACUCUAUGAAGCCAGAGAUGGAGGCAGCACUGCUGGAGAAGAGAUUUGACAUGGGGAAGAGACUGAAAGUGAGGUCGAAGAAAGUAGAGCUGAAAAAUAAUAAACUCAAGACUAUUUUUAGAGUUAAAGAGUCAGCUGUACAACAUAUUAGGUCAAUAUGUCAGACAGCUAUAAACAAGAUUAAACAGAAAGAAACACAACUCUUGGAUGAACUGAAUACCAUUACACAGACGUACGCCGGCCAACUCCGCUCUGGUGUGAAGCUUGAAGAGAUUGAAAUGCAGAUGUACAGACAACACUGUGAGUUCAUUGACCAGGCCUUGGUGUCGGACUGUGAGAUGGACCUGUAUGACGCGUAUCAGGCCUGGGAGUGGGGGGCUGUAGAGUUGGGAGAUGUCAUGGACACAGACACAGCAGCCACGCGGAGAAUAGAUAACAUCAGGUUUACAUCAAACGCUGAGCAUGUCCAGCACAUCAUAGAUAACCUACAUCUGGGAAAGAUUCACGUCACAUAUCAGGAUCAGAAGAAAUGUCUGCUGUCGCCUGUGCUAGUUGGAAUUACAGACGGGAGGAUGGCGGGUGAUGAGAAUGAGCCUGAUCUACACGACGUCACAGUCCUGGUUGUAGACGGUAUACAGACUGCUGUGGUUACCGACAUGAAGAAUGAGUGUGUAAAAUCUUUCUACACAACAAACAACCAGCGAUGUCAUAGUAAACUUCCCCUGGGUGACCUUCCAUGUGGUGUAACACAGUUGAAGGAGACACAGGUGAUGGUGGCUGUCCCUGGAUCCCGUCAGAUUGUAACAGUAAAAGUGACCCCUGACCUGGCCCUGCUCUCGUCCUUCACAACAAAUAAGGUGUAUUACAGUCUUGCUGUUCUGAAUCCUUCCUGCCUAGCAGCAGGUGGAUACGGCGUUGUUGAUAUCCUGGACAUGGCGGGGCAUGUGCUGAGGACACUCACUAAACGCAACAAGACCCUGUUUACCUUCCCCUACUACAUGUGUGUCAACAGCAAGGGCAACAUACUCGUGUCUGACGAGAGGAAGAAGUCUGUUACAUGUCUAACUACAGAAGGUGAUGUUGUGUUCAAAUACGCACCUACCGGAGACAGAGCGCUCAGCUUGCCUCGUGGCAUCACAACUACAAGCAAAAGAGACAUUCUGCUUGUAGACAGGAGCACCAAUGAAAUGAUUCAGCUGACAGAGUCGGGGGAGUUAGUUGGAGAUGUUCUCAAGUCAAAAGACGUGUGUGAUGUAUUCUGUGAUAAAUACGGAUUCUUCUUUCUGUGUACAAAAACGGAUGUGAGAGAGUAUAUGUUAGUAUGAUAGAAAAAACAAAACAAUCAUGGAUUGUGCAUGAGGUUAUUCUGAAAAGGUUAUAAGUAAAUUUAUGUAAAGAGAAUAGAUCGAGUAAAAGAGUAGAAUACAUAAUAAUAACAGUCUUGGGUAUCGCUUUUUCAGUCAAGCAGACAUGGAGUAUUCAAAUAGGUUACUUCCAGCAAUGAAUAAUCCACGUGAUCACAACGUGAAACACACCAGUAGUGCCAGUUGUUAUAGAGAUACUUGUGGUGACAUCGGCCACAGAAGGUCAACUUGGUCACACAAAAGUAUUAGUGAUAAGGAGUUUAAAGGGUUCUUAAUCGAUUACUUUUAAUAUUUUGAAAUCGUAAAAACACACGAUAACCGUGUAUCUGCAUUGAUUCAACAUUCUAGACUAGAUAAUAUCCAUUUUAUUCAUUUGUUCUGUAAAAAGAUCCGCCGUUUGCACCUUAAACACACAUCAUGGUUGGACCAAGAAACUUGAAAUCUACUGAGGCUGUGAUUCUUGUCCUCAACUUUUUUGUGCAUUUCAUGGGUAUUCGGUAAUGCCAAACGUCAUUGAAACUCUGUCUGUACUUAUUGUCAUCUAGAUGAGUAUGGUAGGCUUUGAGUAUCAAGCCCUUCAUCCAUUUUCUUUAUGCGUAUUUUAAAUCAUUGAUGUACUUUUUUGUACGAAUAUACGCAGGAGGAAAGUAACUCUGCAUAUAGCUUUGUAUUGUCUCCUCACUGUACAACCCCAACCGAGCUAGUGCAGCAGACAAUACAGUGCAUCACCAAGGAAAACCCAAAAUCCCCUUCAACAAUCUAAACCCUUUGUCAUCAGCCUUUUGGAACUGUCAGCCAUACAAUUAAGAGACUCUAAAAGAAGCGGGCCAACAUUGACGCCAUCAAAGCCAAAGGAAAGCCGCAAAACAGCCAACAGCAAGAACCCUCAGGAGGUGUGUACCACAUUCCGUGUACUUGUGGACAUGCCUACAUUGGCAAAACGUCAAGGCCCCUGAAAAUCCGAAUUAAAGAACAUCAGAGCUCAGUGUCCAAAGUUGAUUCUAAAUCACCUUUAUCAGACCAUGUCCGUGACGACUCCUGUCAAGGCAUCCAGUGGGACCAAAUCAAAACUGUUACAAUCAACCUCAAAUACAUCCAGAUUUGAAAAUUCCAAGAAAAUUCCAAGAAGCAAGCCACAUCAACAGACUCCCACUUGUAAUGAACUGUGAUCGAGGCUGUUACAGACCUUUUGCCUACGUAACUCAUUAAAAUAUUUAGUCAGUCGUAAUCCCCUUGUAUAUGUAACUGGUUUCAGCCCCUUGUUUAUGUUACUGACAUUUUUACCCGCUUGUGUACAUAACAGGCUUCUCCACGCGACUGAAACCACACGUUAACGUUUCGAUCUGUGAACCUAUUUUAACAUAUCCCAUGCAACAUAUAACUCUGUUCUCGUGUCAACCAACAUUAGAGUUUUGUUAAUCUAACAUGAGGAUGAAUGAGUGAGUUAAUUAUUAACAAGUGCAAAAGUGAGCGUGGCUCACUAAUACCCCCGACCCACCUAGUGUGUCAGUAGUCACAAAUUAAAUAGCUAGGAAAGGGUCUGGCAGGGUUCCCCCUAGACUCCAAUAUCUGAGAGUCACCUUGACUCAGCCUAUUGAUUUUGGGGAGUCAAAAAUAUUUUUUGAGAGUCAAAUGUUUUA